AUGCUCUGCAUGCCCACCAUCAGCAAUGUGGCAGUUACCAAGACCCUCAUUGGUGGCGGAGCCGGCCUCAACGUGCUCUCCGUGGAAGCUUUCAGCUUGCUCCACGUGCCGCUCGGCCGGCUCCGUCACACCAAGCCCUUAUCCAGAGUUGGUGAUGGUUCCAUCAGCCCCCUAGGGCAGAUCCGCCUCCCUGUAACCUUUCGUACCCAUGACAACUACCACACCGAGCUUAUUGACUUCAACAUCACCCGCAUCGGCCUCCUGUAUAAUGCCAUCCUCGGGUACCCAGCCCAGGCCAAGUUCGUGGCUGCAACCCAUCCUACUUACAACAUCAUGAAGAUGUCGGAGAGCAGCGGCGUCCUGGCCAUGGCCGGAGACACCAAGGAGGCCCUGAUGGCCCUCAGGCUCACCUUCAGGGCCGAAGUGGCAGCACGCCCCACUGAUGAAGCAGCAUCUGGGGCCCAGGGGGCGGCGCCGGCGAAGAAGAAGAAGUUGUUCUCACAAGAUCAGGCGAAGACGAAGAAGGUGUCGGUCGAUGAGGAUGGGGCCUUAGGAGCCACCUUCACCAUAGGCACCGACCUCACCCCGGACCAAGAGGAGGCACUAGUGAAAUUCCUGCACACUAACAAGGAGGCAUUCGCCUGGGAGCCCAAGCAGCUGGUGCACCCGGUGAAGCAGAAGGCACGACGAUAG